AUGAUAGGAGAAGAAGCAGCCUCACAGUAUUUUGACACUCAAACCAUCGCUUUCCAAAACACUCUAUGCCUUAGAAACAAGGUAACAUCCAGCAAAUUGAGAAACAUAUACGCUUCCAUGCACGCUCCGCCGACAGACAUGCAAGUGAAUGAAAAAGCGAUUACGAAUGCAACCAGCCUACAGAUACCCGCCGAAACUAUAACUCUAUUAAGUCUCGGUCCAAAAUUUGCCUUUCCUGUCACUAAACUGUCACAUAUACCACUAUUUCACGUUAUGUGCGACGUGGAAAACAUUAUCCAAUCACACCAAGAUAAACGGAUACAGGACACCACCCGAUGUCAAGCCACCAACAUCAUACUAAACUUCAUUCAUGGCUUUGGAUCCCAAGUUGACGCCUUAGAACCACUUGGUAGAUGGUGCUCAACGGCUCAAAAAGUCACUGGCAAUUUCCUAAAAGCGCAUCCCGAGAUUUUGAUACUGUCAUCCGACAAAGGAAAUCGUACCGUAAUAAUGUACACCAAAGACUACCAAGACAAAAUGCGCACUCUUGUUGAAGAUGAACAAACAUACCGCAAAGUGCCAAGAGACCCCACUAGUGGAUUGCAACAAAAGAACAACAAUUUUGCUACUCAACUCCUCAACCUGAAACUCAUAGACCAGAAAACAGCUAAAAGUCUUAAAACUUACAACUCUACCUGCCCCAGAAUAUACAGACAGCCGAAAGCGCACAAGAACAACCUUCCUCUUCGUCCAGUGGUACCCAACUACUCAGCCCCCACCUACAAGUUAUGCAAAUACAUCGCCAACAUCCUAAGCACUUCGCUCACCAGCCGCUACAACACUUUCAGUUCCUUUGAAUUAUGCAAAGAGUUAAAAACAAUCAUUCUCCCAGAGAACUACAUAAUGGUUUCCCUGGACGUAGUCUCACUAUUCACCAACGUUCCCAGACAGCAGGUCAUCACGUCUAUCACCGAACGAUGGAAAAAAGUAAAAACCAACAUAACACUUAGCCUCUUCUUGGAAAUUGUCCAAUUUUGCAUGGAAGCCAGCUAUUUCAGGUACGACAGCAAAUUUUAUUUUCAAAUCUAUGGUACAGCUAUGGGGAGCCCCUUGUCCCCCGUUUUGGCAGACAUAGUACUAGAAGACAUCAUAACAAGAGCGCUUGCAGAAUUACCUUUUGACGUCCCUUUCUUACGUAAAUAUGUUGACGACCUGUUCCUUGCAAUACCAAAAAAUUGUAUUGAAACAGUGUUAGAGGUUUUUAACCGCCAGGAACAACGCCUUCAAUUCACCAUCGAGAUCGAACAGGAUCGGAAACUUCCUUUUCUUGAUAUGAUGGUUACUCGAAAUGAAAACCAAUCUAUCACGACCGAUUGGUACUGCAAGCCCAUUGCGUCGGGAAGAAUGCUUAACUUCUACUCAUUUCAUCAGUACAAGCACAAAAUUAACGUCGCCAAUAACUUCAUUCAUCGAGUGAAGUCACUAACCACCCACAACACUAGCAGUAUCAUUCACCAACAACUGAAAUCAAACUGCUACCCGGCAACUCUAGUAUCCAGACUCAUUAACGAGUACCACGGAAAACACCGCAAGGCCCACCCAACACAGUUCGUUCAUACAUCAGACUCAGCGUUACACGUUCCAACAUCGCGCCAAACUGAACCAUCACCACCUAUCGUCUUGGAGCCACCAACCAACAACAGCCACCCAACUGAACCAUCAUCACCUGUCGACCAGCAGCCACCAGCCACCAACAGCAUACCACAGCUCACCUUAACACUAACAGCGAACCAACAACAACUGCACCGGAUCAACAGCCUAACGAAGCCAUGUAUCGAUCAUUGCUUUACAUCCCCAAGCUCACUGAUCGACUCAUCAAAUCUUUCCGAAGACAAUUCCCCAAUUUGA